AUGGAGAAUUACUCGAUCCCAACUGAAUUCAUCCUCUUGGGAAUCACUAGUGAUCCAGAGCUAAAAGUGAUCCUUUUUGUCCUCUUCCUCAUCAUUUAUUUGGUAAUUCUUAUAGCAAAUCUUGGGAUGAUUAUCUUAAUCAAGAUAGACCCCCAGCUCCAUUUGCCCAUGUACUUCUUCCUAAGCCACAUGUCCUUCUGUGACCUCUGUUACUCCACAGCAAUAGGACCCAAGAUGUUGGUGGACUUCUUUGCCAAAGACAAAUCUAUUUCCUUCACUGGUUGUGCUCUACAAUUCUAUUUCUUCUGUUCCUUUGUAGAUUCUGAAUGCUUAUUGUUAGCCGUUAUGGCCUUUGACCGUUACACGGCCAUAAGCAAUCCUCUGCUUUAUACAGUAAAUAUGUCUAGUCAGGUUUGCUACUUAUUGAUUGCUGGUGUCUACAUGGUAGGGAUGAUGGAUGCUCUGCUCCAUACUACAUUAACCUUCACACUGAGUUUCUGCAAGUCCAAUGAGAUUAAUCAUUUUUUCUGUGAUGUUCCUCCUCUUUUAUUAAUUUCUUGUUCUGAUACCUAUGUCAAUGAGAUAGUGAUCUUCACUGUGUUCGGUUUUAUUGAAAUGGUGACCAUUUCAGUAGUCCUCAUUUCUUAUUGUUACAUAAUUCUCUCUGUAUUUAAGAUGCACUCCACUGAGAGCAGAUACAAAACAUUUUCAACCUGUACUUCUCACUUAACUGCAGUCACAAUCUUCCAGGGAACUCUCCUUUUUAUGUACUUCAGGCCAAGUUCUGCCUAUUCACUAGCCCAAGACAAAAUGACCUCCUUAUUUUAUACUCUUGUCAUUCCCAUGUUAAACCCUUUGAUCUACAGUUUGAGAAACAAAGAUGUGAAAGGGGCCCUGGGAAAACUGAAAAAGAAAACAUGUUUUUAA